AUGAAGGUGAAGAAAAACAUCCUCGUCGGUUGUACCGGAAGUGUGGCCACGAUCAAGCUUCCCCUGCUGGUGGAAAAACUGCUCCAGCUGGCCGAGUUCGAGGUGGAAGUACACGUGAUCGUAACCGAGCAUGCCCGGCAUUUCUUCUCGCCGCAGGAUCUGCCGGCCGCGGUCACACUCCACACGGACGCGGAAGAGUGGACGAGCUGGCAGAAGCGGGGCGACCCGGUCCUGCACAUCGAGCUGGGCAAAUGGGCCGACCUGCUCGUGAUUGCACCACUAGACGCUAACAGCCUCGCCAAGAUGGCCAACGGGCUGUGCGAUAAUUUGCUGCUCUGUACGACACGCGCCUGGGAUCCGUCGAAACCGUUGCUCUUCUGUCCCGCGAUGAACACGCGCAUGUGGGAACAUCCGAUUACGGCGGCACAGAUCGGUACGCUCAAGUCCUGGGGCCACCGGGAGGUGCCGUGCAUUGCGAAAACGCUCAUGUGCGGCGAUACGGGGCUGGGUGCGAUGGCCGAAGUGGAUACGAUCGUUAGCACGAUCAGGGACACGCUGUCAAUGGAGCAGAGUUGAGAUUUAAUGGAAUAAAUGGUUAUGUUUCUUUUUUU